UAAGUUAGAAGCAAUUAAGUAUUUUUGUUCAGAGCUAUGUGCAGUUUUUAAGGAGCGUGUAAAAUUCUUAUCAAGAAACACUCCGUGAGAGACAAGAGAGAACGCCUCCCUUUAUAUACAAACAGCUGCCUAGAGAGAGUAAAUAAGAACGCAUAACUGUCAUCAAUCUGUCGAAUUCGAUUCGAAUCAUUCGAAUGUAUAACCACCUUGUUUGUGGCUGAGCAUUAACUUGUCGGAGUCUGGUCCAUGAGUUGAUAAGUUUAGUAACAAUUCUCCCCCGGAACGUGUGCAGUUGCGAAGACAUUGGAAAUGACAGCCGAUUUGGAUUUAGUAAAACAGCAUAUCGGUGAAUAUCCUGAUUUCCCUAAAAAAGGUAUACUCUUCAAAGAUAUUUUUACCGCUCUGCGGAAUGGUUCGGUUUGCCAAGCACUGAAACGGCUGCUGUUAGAUUACGUCCGUCAGAACUGCCCGGAUGUAGAGGUCGUAGUGGGUCUCGAUGCACGAGGUUUUUUGUUCAGUUUGCUGAUCGCAGCUGAACUAGGAAUAUCCUGUGUGCCGAUACGGAAGAAAGGAAAACUACCCGGUGCCUGUGUUCAGUACGAGUAUCAGUUUGAGUACGGGACGGACGUGUUUGAAAUCCAAAGAGAAAGCAUCACGCCUGGACAGAAAGUGCUGAUAAUCGAUGAUCUGCUGGCAACGGGAGGCACGAUGGAUGCCGCUAACAAGCUUGUCCAACGGAUCGGGGGUGUUGUCAAGCAGAAUGUAGUAAUUAUAGAAUUAACCGCGAUCGGCGGUCGUUCGAAGCUGGAAGCAUCCGGAUGCACUGUACAUUCCUUCAUUCAGUAUGACGAUAUUGAAUGAGCUCAAAGUGGUUAGUUUUUUCGAAUAAUUCCAUUACUGUAGAAAUCGCAAUAGCAAUAUGCGUACUAACGCAACGCUAUGCUGGCUUGUGAUGUUAAGUUAAUUUGAAGGGAACACGAUUAAAA